CGUUUCGUUUUUGACAGCUGCACGAGCUGCGCGCUGCAUGUGUAUGUGUGUGCGAAAAUAUUAAUUGAUACCUGGCGAUGCAGUGCCGUGUAAAAUACGUCAGAGCUGUUUGUUUUUAGAUUCAGACAAUUCAAACUCGAAGGCAAAAUUUAUGUUUUCGGCAAAACUUGAUUGAUAUUUUAAAAAGAAGCGACGUGCAACGCACACACCGACAGCCUACGGCAAAAAACACACACAUAUACGGAUGCCAUUGAAGUGUAUUUGUGUAUUGUUGGAAAGAAAGCACACGCACACUGCGAAAUACGAAAAGAAUUUAUUUUUUGCAAGUUCGGUCCGGUUCGAUUUUGAUACCCUGUGAUCAUCAACCUGCUCGACGCCCUUGCCGCCCACCAUCCACGUCCACCCAGCACCAUCCCAAUUCGAUUCGCAAUCGGGAGCGGAGAGCGAGCGGCACAGAAAUAUAUUUAUUUAUAUUUUUUUGACAGCACUGACAGGCAAGCAGCAGAACAACUUCCAGCCAAAGAAGGAAUCUAAGAAGCAGAAAGAGAGCGAGAGAGAGAUAACGCCGCCCAGCGGAUGGAACGGUGAUCCAGUAGUCCAGUAAACCAAUUCCAGUGAGUCCCCAUACUCCAGACGACGAUACCCGAUAACGAUUCCGAUAGCGUUUCCGAUCCUCCGCGGAGGAGCCGCCGAUUUCAGCACCAUUCAAGUGCCGAGUAAAAUGGAAAUAGAAACAGAACAGUCUAUUGAAGCAAUGGACACCCAGGACACCCAAGAGGUCGAGAUCCUCACCAGCGACCUCCAGCAGCAGCAGCAGCAGCAACAACAACAACAACAACAGCAGCAGCAGCAGCAACAACAACAGACCCCGCAGCAGCAGAAUUCGCCGCCCCAAUUGCCCAAAUUCAAGAAUCUUAUCCAGCCGCAAUUGCACGCCGUGGGAGCAGUCACUCAAUUGCCCAGCGAGAACGGUAAUGUGCCGCCACAGCAACUGCUGGCGGACAGUAGCUCCGCAUCCUUUGGCCAGGAAGCCGAGGCCAUGGGCAUGGACGAUGAGUCCAAGGAGGAUCAGUUCCGUUCGGAGACCACGUUUUCCUUCACCGUGGAGAAUGUGGGUCAACUGAAAUCGCAGAGGCUAUCGCCGCCGGUCUAUGUACGCAUGCUGCCCUGGAAGAUUAUGGUCAUACCCAAUGAUCGGGCUCUGGGCUUCUUUCUGCAGUGCAACGGGGAGAACGAUUCGCCCACCUGGUCGUGCAAUGCCAUUGCCGAGCUGCGUCUCAAGUGCCACAAGCCGGACGCACAGCCCUUCACCCGGGCACGCAUUAAGCAUUUGUUCUACUCAAAGGAGAAUGACUAUGGUUACUCCAACUUUAUUACCUGGCAGGAGCUGCAGGAUGCGGAGAAGAGCUAUGUGCACAACAACAGCAUCACACUGGAGGUUCACGUCAUUGCGGAUGCUCCACAUGGCGUGCUGUGGGACUCAAAGAAGCACACUGGCUAUGUGGGCCUAAAGAAUCAGGGCGCCACCUGCUAUAUGAACUCACUGCUACAGACAUUGUAUUUCACCAACUCCCUGAGAUUGGCCGUAUAUCGUAUUCCCACGGAGGCUGAUGAUAGCACCAAGUCGGUGGGACUAUCGCUGCAGCGGGUGUUCCAUGAGCUGCAGUUCGGUGACCGACCCGUGGGCACCAAAAAGCUAACCAAGUCCUUUGGCUGGGAGACACUCGACUCGUUCAUGCAGCACGAUGUGCAGGAAUUCCUGCGCGUGCUGCUCGACAAGCUGGAGUCCAAGAUGAAGGGUACCUGCCUGGAGGGCACCAUUCCGGGCCUGUUCGAGGGCAAAAUGUCAUCCUACAUCAAGUGCAAGAAUGUCGACUACAACAGCACUCGCUACGAGACCUUCUACGACAUUCAGCUGAACAUCAAGGACAAGAAGAACAUCUACGAAUCCUUUCAGGACUACGUGGCCUCCGAGACGCUGGAGGGCGACAACAAAUACGAUGCUGGUGUGCACGGCCUGCAGGAGGCCAGCAAGGGCGUCAUCUUCACGUCAUUCCCGCCCGUCUUGCAUCUGCACUUGAUGCGCUUCCAAUACGAUCCCAUCACGGACAGCUCGAUCAAGUACAACGAUCGCUUCGAGUUCUACGAGCAGAUCAACCUGGAUCGCUACCUGGCAGAGGGUGAAAAGACCUCGGCGGACUACGUUCUGCACGCAGUGCUGGUUCACUCUGGCGAUAACCAUGGCGGUCACUAUGUGGUCUUCAUCAAUCCAAAGGCGGACGGGCGCUGGUUUAAAUUCGACGACGACGUCGUCUCCAGUUGCCGCAAGCAGGAGGCAAUCGAACAGAACUACGGCGGCAUGGACGAUGAGAUUUCGUUCCAUGCCAAGUGCAGCAAUGCCUACAUGUUGGUCUACAUCCGCCAGUCGGAGCUGGAGCGUGUGUUGGGAGAUAUUCCCGAGAGCGAGAUAUCCAGCGAUCUGGUAGAGCGACUCGACCUAGAGAAACGCAUCGAGAUGGCGCGCCGAAAGGAGCGCAGCGAGGCCAAUCUUUAUGUGUCGGUGCACGUCAUUCUCGAGGAGUACUUCGAGGGUCAGCAGAAGCGUCGCCUCUUCGACUUGGAGAAGACCCAUCAGCGGCCAUUCAAGCUCAAACAGAAUCAGACCGUGGACGAGCUGGUGGAUAUGUUUGUUAAGGGCUUCGGUGUGUCGCGUGAUCGCAUGCGCAUUUGGAACAUGUGCACGGCCCAGACCCAGAAAUUCUUGCACUUUGACUUCGAGGCGGAGGCAUCGCGCACCAUCGAGCAGAUACCCACGUCACAGAAGCCCUGGGUCAUCUUCCUUGAGCUGGCCUCGCCGGAAAGUCCUGCUCCCCUGCCGCCUUUCAAUCCCAAAUCGGAUGUCCUGCUGUUCCUCAAAUACUACGAUGCGCGAAACAAGCGCCUAAACUACAUUGGCUGCACCCAGCAGCCGCAGAGCCGGCGUCUGAUCGAUUUGGUGCCGGAGGUCAACCGGAAACUGGGCUUCGAUCCGGACACCGAGCUGACCAUCUACGACGAGUACGCCGACAAGAAGGUGGCCAAUCUGAGCGAGCCCAUUGAGAGCGUGCUGUUCAUACCGCAAGAUCACCUCCAGGGCCACAUACUCAUCUUCGAGCGCGAGUGCGUUGAUGCCAAACUGGACCUGCCCACGGUGGAGGACUACUUCCUCGAUCUGGUCUACCGCAUCGAGAUCAUCUUCAGCGACAAGUGCAACCCCAACGAGCCGGACUUCACGCUGGAGCUGUCCAACCGCUACAACUACGAGCAGCUCACCAAUGCGGUGGCCGAACGCUUGAACACCGAUCCGCAGAAGCUUCAGUUCUUUAUGUGCAUCAACAACUACAAGGAGACGGCAGGCAAUGCUGUGCCCUACACAUUCAAGGGCACCAUCAAGGACCUGGUAUCGUACACGAAGCAGAGCACGCCCAAGCGUAUCUUCUACCAGCGCCUGUCGCUCAGCAUCCACGAGCUGGACAACAAGAAGCAAUUCAAGUGCGUCUGGGUGAGCAGCGACCUCAAGGACGAGAAGGAGCUGGUGCUCUAUCCGAACAAGAACGAUACGGUUAAGGGUCUGUUGGAAGAGGCGGCCAAGAAGAUUACGUUUGCGGAGAACAGCCGCCGAAAGUUGCGACUGAUGAAGGUCAGCAAUCACAAGAUAGUGGCGCUCUGCAAGGAUGACAUACCGCUGGACACGCUGAUGAAGACCAGCGAGUCGAUCACGACCACACAGGGCGCCCAGAAGACUUAUCGCAUCGAGGAGGUGCCGGCGGAGGAGAUGCAGCUGGCGGAGAACGAGUUCCUCAUCCCAGUGGCCCACUUCAGCAAGGAGCUGUACAACUCGUUCGGUGUUCCCUUCCUCACCAAGGCGCGCCAGGGCGAACCGUAUGGGGCGCUGAAGCAACGCAUCCAGAAGCGACUGAAUGUGCCGGACAAGGAGUGGGAGAACUACAAGUUCUCCGUGAUCACCAUGGGCCACAAUUCGGAUGUGAACGACAACACGCCCAUCGACCUGGAGGUGUAUCGCUCGUGGACCAGCGGCCAGUUGCCCUUCUUCGGUCUGGAUCACAUCAACAAAUCGCGCAAGCGCAGCUCGCUCAACUUUUCCGAGAAGGCCAUCAAGAUAUACAACUAGGAGGUGUUUUUUUCCGGAGCCGGACGACUCGGACGCGGUACACGGCUGCCCGUAAACCGGUUAAGGAGCAGAGGAGCGCAACUGUUUUUGGGAGUGAAAGGAGGGUGGGUGGGCCAAGUGGUUAAGAAUUAUGAAGAAGUGGAUUGAAGGCUUGCCGUGACGGCUGACGGCCGUGGCCGUGGACGUGGUCCUUCAAAAUUAAACCAAGUGAAACACACAAAAUUUGAAGUCGCAUUUCCACGCCCCUUCUUCGGAACCGCCCCCCAACACACACACAAAAAUCGUAAACCCACCCCACGCCCCCCAACUAUGAUUUAAAUUUAAAAUGUUUAUUUUUUGUAAUCUAAAUGCUAAGUCAAAUCAAAUAUUAUUUAUUAACACCCCGCCGUUAAAGAACUGGCACGCCACGCACACCAGCAUCAGCUCCCUCCUUAAAUACUUUUGAACCGAUACCGUACCGUUUCCGCAUUCGAUUCCUAAUCUGAAUCUGAAUCCGAAUCCAAAUCCGCUUCCAAGUGCUGACCAGAGUAUAGAGUAUACAGUAUCCAGCUUUCGCAUCGAGUCCUCAACAAGUGAACAGACUUAUUGCUUGGAACUUCAAUUUAGACUUAGGCCUUUACGUGUGUGUGUGUGUUUUCUAUGCUAUAAUAUUCUUAAUCCAUAAUUGUUUAAUCGCAGGCAGAAGUGAACUCGAAACGGAACGAAUCGGUUACUUUUUGUCUAAAUGUAAAUAAGCGUUCGUUGCAAGUUGCGCCCAUUCAAAAACAAAAAACGAAAAAAAAAACAAACACAAUAUGUAUGUAACAAAAGAGGAGGCGAAACAAAAAUCCAAAACUAAAAGAAAAUAAAGGAAGAACCUAAACUUAUAAUAAAGCAAAAACCAACAAAAGAUACAUAUAUAUAUAUAUAAAUAUACGAGAGAAAGAGCUGUAAACAAAUAAACGCAACUAAGUAACAAGUAUAACUUAAAACGAAACAAACGAUUAACAAAAAGUCAUCAAGUCGCGAUAAACGAUACAAAGAAAACAAAAAGAAAAGAGACGGAAAUGGAGACAGGACAGUUGAUAUAUUCGAGCAGCAGAUCGAAAGAGACAGACAGAAAAGGGAGAUGAAAAAUAUAAGAUUUGUUUCAAACAAUUAUUUGUGAUUUUUAAACAUGAAAUGAUAAAUAUAUAUGCAAAGGACUAGACAACAUAAUAUUAAUUAAUAAAUUACUAUAAUACACAGUUUAGUGCUUUUUCUUUGUUAACUAUAGUAAAAGAAAAGAAACCGAGAUCCGAUACAAACGAAGAAGCAAAGCAAUUUAAAUGAGAAGAGCCCACAACAAAACAAUAUUUUAAUAAUAUAUUACUUACUAUGCUAUUAUUAUUUAUGCAGCAAAUAAUUCAAAUUAUUUAUGUGUACAAAAAAAAAAAAACAAACAAAAAACGAAUAAAAUACCAAGAAUUCAACUGAAAUGUGUGCAAAUAGUGCGAGGAUUUCGUCGUUUCUUCUUGGGCUUAGAAAGUGACAAACUUUGUUUGAUUUCAACAAAUUGUUAAAUCGGAUUCGAGAUGGGAUGUUUCUAUAUGUCAAUAUCUUUUGCUGCAACAAUUUCAGUUUAGUUGCAUAUUUCAGUCGAAGGGUUUCAGCAUAUUCUUAGUUGUUAUUCAAACAUUAAGAUCAUGGGUAUUUCUUUUAUUUGCCUUCCCUUUUAAUAGUUUGAGUAAUGUAACCAAUUUUUUUUUUUGGAAAACGACUUAAGGAAAGAUCUAACCAUUGUAAUGAAACAACUGUUUAGUAGCAAAGAUUAUUGGGAUGUACCUGAAUCUGCAGAGUUUCAACUUAAGCUAAACAUUACUCCCUUUUGAAAUUAACUAAAACCUAAGGAUACGCUUGUUAAAUAAAAAUAUUCCAGGCAUAUUCUUGUCUAUAUAGCUUUAACCUUAACCCUUAUUUAGAACAUUUUUAAACUACCCAAUUCACUUGAAAUGAAACCCAAAAUAUACGGUUGAAUCUUAAGUUGGUUUACAGAGAAACGUCUAUUUCGCAAAUCUAUAAAAUGUUUCUUUAUUUGAAAUCGGAUGUUUUGAAACGGAUUUAGAACCUGAGAAUUAGUGCUUUAUAUAUUUUAAGCUAAUAUACAAAGUUUAAGCCUUCUGUUAGAAGUUGGCCUAGUUGGCCUAUAUGAUGAUCUACAUAAAUGUAUCCGUCUGCAUUAAUAAAGUGAAAUGAGCGUCA